AUGUCGUCCCCCUCGGAAAAAAUGAUACAAGGUGCCCAGAUGGCACAAUCAUUCUUAGGGCCCAACUUGUUGAGCGCAAUUCAAGAGCAAGCACGCGAUGAUCUACCGAGCAAGAUCAGUGCCGAGUACAUCGCCGAAGUUUGCUUCUCUAGUUAUGCUCGCCCGGGACUCGAGCUAAAGGAGAGGUCCUUCAUGAACAUUGCCAUGAUGAUUGCGCUCAACCGAACUCCGGAAUUACGCAUUCACAUCACAGCGGCGCUCCAUCUGGGGCUGUCGGAGGAGCAGGUUGUGGAGGCUUGCCGACAUGCAAUGAUAUACUGCGGGGUGCCGGCUGGUAGAGAAGCUCUAUCUGUUGCGAGUGAUAUCUUCCACGAAAUGAAGAAUUCUACAAAGCAGGAGACGGCGAAAAUGUCCUGA